GUUAAAAUGGCUCAUGCUCAUGAUGCUCUUGUCUUGGUGGAUAACAGUAUAAUGUCUCCUGUAGUGUCACAACCUCUGGAACUAGGAGCUGACAUUUUUAUGCACUCAGCUACCAAGUUCAUUGCUGGGCACAGUGAUGUGAUGGCAGGUGUACUGGCUGUAAGAGGGGAAAGAUUAGCAAAAGAGCUGUACUUUCUACAAAAUGCAGAAGGGUCUGGGUUGGCUCCAUUUGAUUGUUGGCUCUGCUUACGAUGAAUUAAGACAAUGACUUUACGAAUUGAGAAG